AUGGUUACCUUCAAUGCAAUUCCUCAGUUUUCCUGUCACAUCAAUGAGUGUGCUGUAGACCAUGGUGGCUGUUCUGCUGAUGCUGACUGUACUAACACACCUGGGAACUUUACUUGUACCUGUCAUCCUGGCUUUACUGGGGACGGAGUGUGGUGUGAAGACAUCAAUGAAUGUCUGUUUAAUGGCACCUGUGAUGUGUUUGCUGAAUGUAAUAACACUGCUGGAAAUUUUUCCUGUUCUUGCCUGGAAGGGUUUUCUGGGGAUGGAUUCUUCUGUGAAGAUAUAAAUGAGUGUUCAGUGGAUGAUGGUGGGUGUGACGAGAACGCCGUGUGCACCAACAGCAUUGGCAGCUUUACCUGCACCUGUAACAUGUUCUACAGUGGGGAUGGAUUUUCCUGCAUGGACAUCAGUCAGUGUUACCGUGGCAACACCCCAUGUGACAGUAAUGCUAUGUGCGUCGACACUGGUGACGAGUUAACCUGCUCCUGUAAUAUUGGUUACAAUGGUGAUGGCUAUGAUUGCACAGAUGUCGAUGAAUGUGCAGUCAAUGCUGGUGGUUGUGAUAGCAGUGCUACGUGUACUAACACGGACGGCAGUUUUGUCUGCACGUGUCAUACAGGAUAUACUGGAGACGGGUUCACUUGUCAAGAAUAG